UCCCCGAGGCGGGAGGAGCCCGAGGGGGCGCGGGACCCGCAUGAAUCAUUGUAGUUGAUCACUUUCCAGUUUUCAACCACUCAUUUGUGAUAAUCAAGGGACACGGUGUUGUGGUUUCAGAACUGCCUGCUCAGAAUAGGAACAUACUUGGGAUUUUGUAUUAGAAGACAUGGAUCUUGCUGCUAAUGAGCUCAGCAUUUAUGACAAACUUUCAGAGACUGUUGAUUUGGUAAGACAGACGGGCCAUCAGUGUGGCAUGUCAGAGAAAGCAAUUGAAAAAUUUAUCAGACAGCUACUGGAAAAAAAUGAACCUCAGAGGGGGCCACCCCAGUAUCCCCUCCUUCUAGCUGUGUACAAGGUCGUUGUAACCCUGGGAUUAAUCUUGCUCACUGCCUACUUUGUGAUUCAGCCUUUCAGCCCAUUACCACCUGAACCAGUGCUUUCUGGAGCUCAUACCUGGCGCUCACUCAUCCAUCACAUCCGGCUGAUGUCUUUGCCCAUUACCAAGAAGUAUAUGCCAGAAAAUAAGGGAGUUCCUCUGCAUGGGGGUGAUGCAGACAGACCCUUUCCAGACUUUGACUCCUGGUGGACCAAUGAGUGUGAGCAGAAUGAGUCGGACCCCAUCCCUGCCAACUGCACCGGCUGUGCCCAGAAAUUACCCCUCAAGGUGAUGCUCCUGGAAGACACCCCAAGGAAAUUUGAGAGACUCCAUCCUCUGGUGAUCAAGACCGGACAACCCCUGUCAUCUGAGGGGCUUCAGCGUUUUUUGUGCCAGUACCCUGAGGUGACAGAAGGCUUCACCGAAGGGUUUUUCACCAAGUGGUGGCGCUGCUUUCCUGAACGGUGGUUCCCGUUUCGUUACCCAUGGAGAAGACCUCUGAACAGAUCACACCUUUUACGUGAGCUUUUUCCUGUGUUCACUUACCUGCCGUUUCCAAAAGAAGCCUCCUUGAAAAAGUGCUUCCUUCUUCAACCAGAACCUAUUGUGGGGAGUAAGAUGCACAGGAUGCAUGACCUGUUUACCAUUGGCAGCGGUGAGGCCAUGUUGCAACUCAUCCCUCCCUUCCAGUGCCGAAGACAUUGCCAGUCCAUGGCGAUGCCACUAGAGCCAGGGGAUAUUGGCUAUGCUGGCGCCACGCACUGGAAGGUCUACAUUAUAGCCAGAGGGGUCCAGCCUUUGGUCAUUUGUGAUGGAACCACCCUCUCAGAACUGUAGGAAACAGAACUAAAGGAACAGGGUUGAGACCUGAAGACCGGAUCGAAAGGGGGAAAAUAAAAACAAAAAAUGAUGAAACCACUUUCCAGGGGUUGGUUGCUUAGUUACCUGCCCUGUGC